GCCCUGAGGAGACCCCGCCCGAACAAGGCGGUUUCGUCGCUUCCCGCCUGGUGCGGCGCCGUGGCCGCGGCGGCCCCGUUUUGCGUCAGCUCCGGCGCGGCCGCGGGCCUGCUGGCGCUGCCCUCCGCCGCCGCGGCACUCGCGCGGCGGCCGCGGCUGCUGCUGUGGCUGCAAGGGAUGCCGUUCCUGCAUUCG